UUCAAAAAAAAAAAUAAAAAAAUGGCCACGUCGUGCUUCAACCCGUUCCGCCUCCGCAAACCGAAGCCCAAACCACCGUUGGUGGGCCCCACGUCAAGGGCCCAACCGAACCUCAACUUGGACAACAUGGAAAAGAAAAGGUUCGACAGUCUCGAGUCUUGGUCGAUGAUUUUGGAGUCCGAUAACAUGGAGACUUGGGAGGCCUCGAACGAGGAGGAGCGAGAAGAGUGGACGGCCGACCUUUCACAGCUCUUCAUCGGCAACAAAUUUGCUUCUGGGGCCCACAGCCGAAUCUACCGGGGAAUCUACAAGCAGAGGGCCGUUGCAGUCAAGAUGGUGAGGAUCCCGACCAAUAGGGAGGAGACACGUGUCCUCCUCGAGCGCCAGUUCAAGAGUGAGGUCGCCUUGCUUUCCCGUUUGUACCAUCCAAGUAUCGUGCAGUUCAUUGCAGCAUGUAAGAAGCCACCCGUAUACUGCAUCAUUACUGAGUACAUGUCUCAAGGGACACUAAGAAUGUACCUUAACAAAAAAGAGCCUUAUUCCCUCUCGAUCGAGACUAUCCUCAGGCUAGCUCUCGAUAUAUCUCGUGGAAUGGAGUAUCUCCACUCACAGGGCGUAAUUCAUAGGGACCUCAAAUCCAAUAACUUGCUAUUAAACGACGAAAUGCGAGUAAAAGUAGCGGAUUUCGGGACAUCGUGUCUCGAGACUCAGUGCAGAGAGACAAAGGGCAAUAUGGGAACUUACCGUUGGAUGGCACCAGAGAUGAUCAAGGAGAAGCCCUACACUCGAAAAGUCGAUGUGUAUAGCUUUGGGAUUGUUCUGUGGGAACUCACUACAGCUUUGCUUCCUUUCCAAGGAAUGACUCCCGUUCAGGCCGCUUUCGCCGUUUCUGAAAAGAACGAGCGGCCACCUUUACCGGCGAGCUGUCAACCGGCACUGGCCCACCUUAUAAAGAGCUGUUGGGCAUCAAAUCCCUCUAAGCGCCCGGAUUUCAACGAGAUUGUUUGUGCAUUGGAAAAAUACGAUGAGUGUGUGAAGGAAGGGCUACCUUUAACCCUUUACUCGGGACUAAAUACCCGAAAUGCCCUUCUCGAACGAAUAAAGGGCUGCGUGUCCAUGAGUUCAUCAUCCAUACCUGUACAUGCUUGAAUGACUCCAUGAAGAAGAAUGAUAAAUCGUUCGAUAUUUGUAUAAUUCUUGUGUUUAUCUUAAAAAAAAAAAAAGUUGGUAGAUUUUUGUUGUUUGUUAAGUAUGUACAUACUGUAAACGAUUUUCAUGUUGCUUUGAUAGCUACUGAAUAUUUGUUUGGCUGAAAACAAGCGCAGAAAAGAAAACCCGAGCCAGGGCAAAAACCAAAUCUCUUCGUUUAUGGUUUGCCGUUGCUUAACAUUAUCACUUGUGAGAAUAAAACUGACAAGAAAUAUGAUAAACUUUGAAAUAAACAUGAAAAACUGAAAGAAUCACAAGUUUGGAGCAAAAAUAUAUUUCAUAAUAGACAUUGCCUCUAGCCUGAAG